CCCGACAUGCAAGGGGAAGGCGGCACCCUCCUGUCUUGGGACACGUAUCCCGGGCCCGCUUUUUAAAGACUACGACUCCCGGCGUGCCCCGCGGCUCAAAGCCAGAAGGGCCCGGAUCCGGAGCUAGCUGGGGCUUGUGGCUACGGCGUGGGAUUGCCUGGGAGAUGGCCACGGGGACAGACCAGGUGGUGGGACUCGGCCUCGUCGCCGUUAGCCUGAUCAUCUUCACCUACUACACCGUCUGGGUGAUCCUCUUGCCGUUCAUCGACAGCCAGCAUGUCAUCCACAAGUACUUCCUGCCCCGAGCCUAUGCUGUCGCCAUCCCGCUGGCCGCUGGCCUCCUGCUGCUCCUGUUUGUGGGAGUGUUCAUCACCUACGUGAUGCUGAAGAACCAGAAAGCGGCCAAGAAGGCUCAGUGAAGGCCCAGUGGGGCUCAGGCUCCCAGCCCUUCCUCUGCCUCCCCUCCAAAGGUGGGCACACACGGGACCCAUCCAGGCGCCGUGGGCCCCCUCAGGCCUGGCCGCCCUGCAGACUUCCCUGUGGGAUGGAGCUGCUCAGGACUGACCACACAGGCCUGCUACUCCCCUGCUCAGCCUUCCAGAAGCCACGAGAGAAGCCUGGAAGGCUCCCUCAGGGCCUGAAAGAUGCUGGUUGGGCCCACCUCACUGUCAGGCUUCCUGUCUCCUUUUCCUCAGGGUUCCACUCUCGUUUCACUUUCCCUCUUGUCACCUGCUGCUGUUGGACUUGGCAGGUUCUGAGGCAUCACGUGACCUUUGCCCACACGUUCUCCUCCUCAUCGGAGCGGCUUUCCCAGGUCUGACACAGCCCCAGGCCCCACAAGGACUUCGGGACCUGGAAAGCCUAAGGGGGGACUAACAGGCCCGAGGGUUACCACCACGCCUCAGGGCACAUUAGG